AUGGAAAAAUAUAAGCGCAGCAAGGAUCGUAAAAUUAAAACAAAAGAUCGCAAGCUACGGGCUUAUAUGGAUCGCACGAACGAUCAGUUCCGACGAGCUGCUGAGCAGGCCGCUGGAACUGAGGAACUGUUCCUGGAGAGCACCGGCUUUCUCGAGCCUGAGAAUGAGAUGGAACGUACUUUCAAAGUUACUCAACGGGAGAUUGCUGAAAGUGUGGACAAAUCGACCCAAGCCAAACAAUUCAAUUUAUCGCUGGACCUGUUUGGUCCGUACCAAUGUGACUAUUCGCGAACCGGUAAUUAUCUGCUGCUCGGAGGUCGAAAAGGGCAUAUGGCUUCAUUCAACUGGAAAGAUGGUAGUUUGGAGUGUGAGCUGCAUGUGAACGAGACAGUGCAUGCGGUAAAGUAUUUGCAGAAUGAUAAUCAGUUUUUCGCUGCUGCUCAGAAAAAGUACACUUACAUCUAUGAUUCGACUGGAACCGAAGUCCACAAAUUGAAACACCAUAUCGAAGCCACCCAUUUAGAAUAUCUACCAUAUCACUAUCUGAUGGUGUCGGCAGGUAAUACUGGAUUUAUCAAGUACCAGGAUGUUUCUACUGGUCAGCUUGUAUCUGAGAUACGAACAAAACUGGGCCCCACUGCUGCACUAACGCAAAACCGCGCGAACGCAGUGAUUCAUGCCGGUCAUAAUAACGGUACGGUGACACUUUGGGCACCCAGUAUGCAAACCCCUCUGGUCAAACUGCUUUCAUGCCGCGGGCCGGUUCGAUCGCUGGCGAUUGACCGGUCUGGUAACUAUAUGGCGGUGGCCGGAUCAGAUCGAUCUGUCAAGAUCUGGGAUAUUCGCAACUUCAAGACUUUGGAAUCUUAUUAUUCACCUACACCUGCAUCGUCUCUGGAUAUCUCAGAUACUGGCCUUCUUGCGGUCGGUUGGGGGCCCCAUGUUCAAGUAUGGAAGGAUGUUCUGACUCGCACAGGCCCCAAGGUGUCUGCGCCAUAUAUGAACCAUUUGCUAGCAGGCGAGCAGACUGAAAGAGUUCGGUUUGCGCCAUUUGAGGAUAUCCUUGGUGUCGGCCAUUCUUCCGGGUUCAGCAGUUUGGUGAUUCCUGGCGCUGGUGAAGCCAACAUUGAUUCCAUGGAGUCCAAUCCCUUCAUGUAUGCCACCCGGGCAGGUCGCCGCGAGACAGAGGUCCGAAGCUUGCUGGAGAAGCUGCAGCCUGAUAUGAUCAGCUUGGACCCUGGUGAUAUUGGUAACGUUGAUCGUCGUUCAGCUGCAGAGCGGCUCAGUGCUGCGCAAGCUCAAGCAGCUCAGGAAGCCGCGGCUCAGAAGGAGCAGGAUAUGCUUAAACCUCGCACAAAUGUCAGAGGUAAGAAUUCGGCAAUCCGACGUUUGCUGCGCAAGAAAACCAAGAACGUUUUGGAUGAGCGUAAAGUGCGUCUGCAGUCUGCUUUGGAACACGAAAAGAAGGCUCGUGAAAAAGAGCGUCGUCUUGCUCAUGGCCUGGAGUUAGAAAAAGAGACGGGCGCUGCUUUGCGCAGGUUCAAGUAG